CCUCCGACCUCUUCGCGCGGUCCCCUUCGCUCCACGCUCGCGGCGGCGCCGCCCGCGCCUCUCCACCCGAAGGAUCCUAUGGCGGUGGCGUCGCGCGCUUCCGCUUCGAUCAUUGCAGGUCUCACAGGUGCUCUUCGAGCAGCAUCUAGAGGAUUUUCUCCUCAGUUAUGCAACUUCCAUGCAUCAAUAAAUAGAGGACUUCUCCAUAGAAGGAAAAUACAACUCCAUUUUAUAUGCUCUUUUCGCUCCAUUCAAGCAAGAAAUAACCACUCGUCAGCUGUUGCCCCUAAGGACUAUUGCGAAACUUACAUCCAGUUUCUAAGAGAUAAACAGAUAGUACCUGAGUCGGAUCCUCCAAGCGAUAAGGAUGUGGACCUACUUUACCGGUUUAUUGAUCAGAGCAAAAAGCUCAUGGUGUUAACUGGAGCAGGAAUGAGCACUGAAUCAGGAAUUCCUGAUUAUAGGAGCCCUAAUGGUGCUUACAGUUCUGGAUUUAAACCACUCACUCAUCAGGAGUUUGUACGUUCUAUUAGAGCCCGAAGGCGGUAUUGGGCUAGGAGCUAUGCUGGAUGGAGAAGGUUCAGGAGAGCUCAACCAAACUCAGCCCAUUAUGCUCUUGCAUCACUGGAGAGAAUUGGUCGUGCACACUCAAUGGUUACUCAAAACGUGGAUAGGUUGCACCAUCGCGCUGGGAGUAAGCCAGUUGAAUUACAUGGAAGUGUGUAUGAGGUAGUAUGUUUAGACUGCGGUACAUCCAUUGACCGAGAAUCAUUUCAGGAGCAGGUCAAGGACCUCAACCCAAAGUGGGCUCUAGCUAUUGACAGUUUGGAAGUAGGACAACCAGGUUCAGACAAAAGUUUCGGAAUGCAGCAGCGACCUGAUGGUGAUAUUGAGAUUGAUGAGAAGUUCUGGGAACAAGAUUUUGAUAUUCCUGGUUGCAAUCAAUGUGGUGGAGUGCUCAAACCUGAUGUUGUGAUGUUUGGUGAUAAUGUUCCUGAAGACAGAGCUGAAAGCACUAAGGAGGCUGCAAGAAAUUGUGAUGCUCUUCUUGUAGUUGGUUCAGCACUAAUGACAAUGUCUGCUUUUAGGCUUGCAAGGCUUGCACAUGAAGCGAAUGCUCCAAUUGCGGCGAUCACCAUUGGUGAGACCAGGGCUGAUAGUAUCUUGUCCUUGAAAAUUAAUGCGAGAUGUGGGGAGAUACUUCCAAGGAUACUUCAGAUGGGAAGUCUAGCUGUACCAAACGUAAGUUGAGCACGGUGGUGCUGUGUACUCAUCUUUGUUGGACGCCAUGUUGUCGUGUAAGAACAAUCUACCGUUGUGUGCUCCAAUUGUGAGUCCGUCUGAUCCCUGUUACUCUGGCCUGGGUUGUAACUUUUAAACUCUCCCUACCUAUGAUGAAAUAGCAGAGCUCCUGCUUCCUAUUCAAGAAAAUGCAAGAACAAUCUUUGGAGAACCAAGUUUCAAGGGAAGACGAUGUGAUGAAAGACUACACUUUUAACUAGACUAAUUAAGUUCUGUUCAACUGGGCAGACUAUCAUCUCCAAUCCUGUUUGCAACAGGAUGGGCGCGUUAACUUUGUUAUUGUAAAUGUAAACCUUUUUCAUUGACAAUUCAUUCGAAAUUAUCUAUAGAAAUGGAUGUCCCAAACUGAUUUAUGCUUGGAUAGUCCACUGUAAUUUGUAAACGAAGUUGAAAAACGUUUCUGGUUCGGAUCGUUGGAUUCACGCGGUCUAUCAUCAAAUGUUGA